UUCAUUAACAACCUGAUGCUACCAGUCACCGCGGGCAAAUUUAAUCCACCCCUCCCAAAAAUGGCCAAACGAAAGACGGAAAACAGGAGCUUUCAAAACAAGUGAGAGGAAGAUUUAUCUGUUCAUUAAUGUAAAGGACAGACUUGUUUGUCUUGUGUGCGGAGCCAAAGUGGCUGUAACGAAAGAAUAUAACAUAAGAAGACACUAUGAAACGAAACACCAAGACAAGUACAAGGAGCCGGACAUGAAGCAGAAGCUCCAGAAGAGAGAGGAGAGAAUGGGCUGUGUCCAAUGUAAGGAUAAAGAAGCAGCAAAACUCACUGAUGACCGGGAGACCAGCCUCUCACACAACUCGGGGUAUCGCUAUGGGUCCGACCCCACCCCACAGCACUACCCCAGCUUCGGCGUCGCCACCAUCCCCAACUACAACAACUUCCAUAGUGCUGCCACUCAGGGGGUGACUGUGUUUGGAGGCGUCCACACGUCCUCGCAGCCCGGGACACUUCGGACCCGAGGAGGAACAGGGGUGACUCUUUUUGUGGCCCUUUAUGACUAUGAGGCCAGGACUGAAGAUGACCUCAGCUUCAGAAAGGGGGAGAGGUUCCAGAUCCUCAACAGCACUGAGGGGGACUGGUGGGAGGCUCGUUCUCUCACUACAGGUGGAACCGGUUACAUUCCCAGCAAUUACGUAGCUCCAGUGGACUCGAUCCAAGCUGAGGACUGGUAUUUUGGUAAAUUAGGCCGAAAGGAUGCAGAAAGGCAACUGCUCUCCAACGGCAAUGCCAGAGGCACUUUCCUCAUCCGUGAGAGUGAAACAACCAAAGGGGCGUACUCCCUCUCCAUCCAAGACUGGGAUGACAUCAAGGGAGAUCAUGUCAAACACUAUAAGAUUCGCAAACUAGACAGCGGAGGCUACUACAUCACCACCAGAGCCCAGUUUCAAACGCUGCAGCAGCUCGUACAGCACUACUCUGCCAGGGCUGCGGGGCUCUGCUGCCGCCUGAUCGUGCCAUGCCACAAAGGCAUGCCCCGUCUGACCGACCUGUCCGUCAAAACCAAAGACGUGUGGGAGAUCCCGCGGGAGUCGCUGCAGCUCAUCAAACGUCUAGGCAACGGCCAGUUUGGAGAGGUUUGGAUGGGCACGUGGAAUGGCACCACAAAGGUGGCGGUGAAGACUCUGAAGCCUGGCACCAUGUCACCCGAGUCCUUCCUGGAGGAGGCUCAGAUCAUGAAGAAACUCCGACAUGACAAACUGGUGCAGCUCUACGCUGUGGUGUCUGAAGAACCCAUCUAUAUCGUCACUGAGUACAUGAGCAAAGGGAGUUUGCUUGAUUUCCUUAAGGACGGAGAAGGACGAGGCCUCAAGCUGCCAAAUUUGGUGGACAUGGCGGCUCAGGUGGCAGCGGGCAUGGCGUACAUUGAGAGGAUGAACUACAUCCACAGAGACCUGCGCUCGGCCAACAUCCUAGUCGGAGAUAGCCUGGUCUGUAAAAUCGCUGACUUUGGUCUGGCCAGACUCAUCGAAGACAAUGAAUAUACAGCAAGGCAAGGUGCGAAGUUUCCAAUAAAGUGGACUGCUCCUGAGGCUGCUCUUUACGGGAAAUUCACCAUCAAGUCAGAUGUGUGGUCAUUUGGCAUCCUGCUGACAGAGCUGGUGACCAAGGGCAGGGUGCCCUAUCCAGGCAUGAACAACCGCGAGGUGCUGGAGCAGGUGGAGCGAGGUUACCGGAUGCCAUGCCCGCAGGACUGCCCAUCUUCACUGCAUGAGCUGAUGGUGCAGUGCUGGAAGAAAGACCCAGAGGAGAGGCCCACCUUUGAGUACCUGCAGGCCUUUUUGGAGGACUACUUCACUGCCACUGAGCCUCAGUACCAACCAGGGGAUAAUCUCUGAGCACCGUUGCCCUCAUCUCAUGUCAUUCCACUGGCUGUCCACUAGAGGGAGGCAGACCCCACCUAUUCUCUCUCUCAUCCUGUGACUCUAAUAAUCCUAAGAGCUCAUCAACUGACUUCUUGACUUCCAAGCUUCAUACAUUCAGGGACUGACGGCUGCUUUGUCAAAUCAGAGGAUGUUUUGGAGGCAGGAGAGGGUGUUUGAGAUGUUUGAAAAGUUACAAAUGAGUGCCAUGGAUGACUGAGAUGAGUUGUGUAACUUGUAUGUAGUGUAAAUAUAUUUAGCUUGUUUACUUAUCUUUUGGUUCAUUUAUAUUACUUUUGAUAUUUGGCUUUUUUUUUGUUUUUAUCUAAGGUUUAAAAUUAUUUUGGAUACAUUGCUCAUACAGACGUGAGGCUGACUGUUGGUAACAAAUUGACAUAUUAAUUGUAGGAAUGGAAAUAGUGGGACAUCAUGGACUGAGAUAGCUCAGAAAUGUUUCUGAAGUCUACCGACCUUUUGUUUUUUUUAAUGAGGGUAAAAUAAUGAUACUACUCUCCUCUUCUCAAGGAACUUAGCUGUAUGAUAACACCUGUUCUUGCCUUUUUAUGUUUAGUAAUAUUCUUAUAAUGUAAGGGAAUGUUUCACGCUUUCCACAAACUAACUUAGUGUAUCAUGGACUAUUCCGCCCAAACUUGUAUGGCAUCUGCACUGAUAAGUGCAUUCACUGCAUUUCAGCUUCAGCCAAUGACUUUUAGAUCAGCUUAAAGUGACUUUUAGUUCAGCUUCUUGUAGUUGACAAGGGGCUCAACCUCCUUUCCAACUGCAGCACUGUUUAACUGACUGCUUAUUAUACUGAUGAUAUUUUAAAAUGUAUGUUGCAUUACUGUAUGGCAGCGGGCUGUGUAAGAAUUGUGCAUUUCUUCGCUUCAGCAGCUAAACAAACAAACUGACAUGACAGGAAUGAAGGAUGCGUUACUUGUUUGUCCCUCCAUAAUGUGUACUGGGGAAAAACAUGUUUACAAGACCAGACAUGUUUAUUUCAUUGAUUUAUUUGCUCAACAUUUCAACCAGUUUUUUUUUAAUUUUUUUGAGAGAAAUCUGGAGCUCUGGGCAACAUUUUAUCAAACUCUGUAUAUGUGCAGGUGAGUGUGCAUUCAAGGACAAUACACUCUGUGUAUUUAUGUUGCUUUUCAUGGGUGCAAAAGUGAGCAAAAACUAGAUUUUGUAUCACUUUAC